UAAACAGAAAAGAAUAUGAGAGAUAGAAAAUCAAGCAGUUUGAGGGCUGAAGAAAAUGGGCGACAUUUUAUGUGGAAAUUUUUCCAGCCGCAGGUGCCUAUGCUGCCAUUAUGAAGAGAAAGAUUCAUCACAGCAAGACAACAUACAACCAAAAGGAGAACUGAAACCAAGAAAAAGUCUCCCAUUUGGGAACCUCUCUUCCUACUUGCCUCUUGAGACGCUGAGUGAAGGUCCUCACUCCGUGGUAUGCAAAGGAAUCAGCAGAAUAUACAAUCAGCUGGUAGCUUUGAAAGUCAUCAGCCUAAAUACAGAGGAGGGAAUCCCUUUUACAGCCAUAAGAGAAGUUUCCCUCCUCAAGAGCCUGAAACAUGCCAAUAUUGUGCUCUUUCAUGACAUCUUCCAGACCAAAGAGAGCCUGACUUUAGUCUUUGAGUACAUGCACACAGACCUGGCCCAGUACAUGUCUCAGCAUCCUGGGGGCCUUCAUCCUCAUAAUGUUAUGCUUUUCAUGUUCCAGCUUCUGAGAGGAUUGGCUCACAUUCAUAAGUGCCGUAUCCUUCAUCGAGAUCUGAAACCUCAGAAUUUGCUCCUAAAUUGCUACGGAGAGCUUAAAUUAGCUGAUUUUGGUCUUGCUCGUGCUAAAUCUCUCCCCAACCAAACAUACUCUGCUGAGGUUGUGACACUUGCCUAUCGUCCUCCUGAUGUUCUGCUUGGAGCCACUGAUUAUUCAUCAGAUGUGGAUAUUUGGAGUGCAGGCUGCAUAUUUGUGGAGAUGCUUCAUGGUCAACCACUGUUUCCAGAUGUUAGCAAUAUCUUUGACCAAUUGGAGAAAAUCUGGAUAGUAUUUGGGAUCCCAACUGAAGAAACGUGGCCAGGAGUUUCCAAACUUUGCCACUACAAGCCAGACAGAUUCCUUGGCAGUUGGCCUCAGGGGCUCAAGAUGAUCUGUGACAGGCUGAUCAAGGUGCCUGAGGCUGAAGACUUGGCAGGAAGAAUGCUAAAAGUACAUCCACAAAAUAGGAUUUCUGCACAACAGGCACUUUUUCAUCAGUUCUUCAAUCCCCUGCCCUCUGAACUGAGCCAGCUUUCUAAUACACAGUCCAUCUUCACAGUACCUGGAGUGAUGCUCAAACAAGAAAUGUGUGAUCUCUUUUUUUCGUCUCAGAAGGGCCAUCAGGAAAAUAGUUCAAGCAAGUUUUGGUGAAAGAAAUGAAGGACUUUUUUUUCCAAGAGAGAAAAGAGGCAGACAAAUAAAACCAUAUUGUUUAUUAUCACUAGCUAAGACAAAUGGGGAUAAACUAUGUACAUAUUUUACGAAUCCUUAUAUGCCCAGUGAUUGGAUUAGCGAUGGGUGGCAGAGGAAGAGAUGUGGAUAUAGUACAAAAACAAAACUUUUCUUUCUGCAAUUCCAAGAGGAAAUGCAACUCUUAAUAUCAAAUUUUCCAAAUAUGCGGAGUGGAACACAGUGUACCAUAGCAUGUUUUAUUUUCAUCAGUUUGACUCUACCGCAUUUCCCCGAAAAUAAGAGCCUGUCUUAUAUUUUUUUUUAACCCUGAAAUAAGCCUUUGGCCUUAUUGCCAUGCACUCAAAAGCCCGAUUGGGCUUAUUAUCAGGGGAUGUCUUAUUUUGGGGGAAACAGGGUAAUUGUCUAGAACUACUAUCCUACGCUGACCUUCUGCCAUUGUUAAUGGAGUUAUUCCUUUACAGUUCCACAUUAAUGGAGCCUUUUAAAAUAUGCAUUGUGGGUAGCUGAUUUAACAUUUAGCUGAAUUCUUUGCUUCUAAAUUGCCUCAUUCAUGAAUCUUCUGUCUACGGUAUAGUCCUAUAACUCCUACCUUACUGCCCCAUAGCAUCAGUAGCAGAAAAUUCAGUAGUAACCUAGCCUUAUGCAGGUGCCGGUUUAUCUUUGUAGAGGGAAAUACUUUUCCAGACACCCAAACAUGACUCUCACACAUUAUAUUUCCAAGACCGUACUCGCCAAUUCUUGGAAAGCAAGGAGAGAGUUGCAGGGGUGAUUUGAUUCAGUAGUAUUUGAAGGCUGAAGAGCCUUCAAAUACAAGACGUAUUGUAAUAUUUAAGGUUCAAAUGAUUUUACCCAAUUUCAUAGGAGAUCCAUUGUUUGUAGAAGCCAUGGAACUAAAUCUCUUGAUUCCCAGAUUCGCUUGGUACAGUAUGUUCCAUAAGUGCAUGGUGUUUUUAAAAAAAGUUUGAAGCAUAAACCUUUUUCAUUUUUGUGGGACAGAAAGAAAAUAUUGUAUUAAUUCACAACUAUUAGAGCAAUAUGUUUAAUCCUUUCAGACACAAAUUGGGGAGUUCAAAAAUUUCAGUUUCCAUUUUGUCCGGUGUCAAGUUUGAUGCACCACAUUUUCACAUUAAUUUGAUAAGUUUAAAAAAACCAUACAAAAAUCAUACAGAUUCCUCUUUAAUAUAACUACAUAACUGUAUUGUUUACAACUUUGUUAUACAUACAUUUUGCAGUACGUUUGUCACAAACAGUACAUAUUUUUAUAUAUUAUUUUCACUAGUAUAAGCAAUUGUAUACAUCCUUUCCUGAUAUGUUUGUGCAUAUUUAGUUGGAGAAAUUGAGGAUUUUUAAAAAAAUGCUUAUGUCAAACAAUAUUUGAUUUUUUGUUGUGACUUGGUCUAAAUGUGCAAAACUUAAAUAAUAUUACAUGCAAGUUGAACUAGCUAUUCCUACUCUUUAAGAAUUUUAAUUCCCUUUAUUUUCUUACUGAAACUAAUAUUCAACACUGCUUCCCAUCUGUGAAUAUAGAACUUCCUCAGUUUGAGUUAGCCUGUUUCUUUUUUAACUUUUUUUUUCAUUUAAUUUGCAAAUUUGUAAAUGAUUUCCCAACAAGUAAAAAGUUACCUAAUUUGUGGGAUACCUUAUUUCAUUUCCAAAAGUACACUCUGUCUCUGAGAUUAGCAGCAGUUAAUAUUUACAUUUUUUGCUUAAACAUGUAGACAUUUGUCUCCAAAAUUUGCAUUCAAAGGUGAUACAUUGAUCUUUCACAAUGCAUUGCCAUAAGACAUUUAGAAGUCCAGCUGUUCUGUUCUUGUUCUUCAUCCAGACUUCCAUUGUUCUUCAAUAUUGUAAUGAUUUGGGACUCCUGUUUUAGGGUGUAGUCCUCUGAAGGAUCUUAACAUUAAUAAAAUUUCAGGUGUCUCUGAGUCUGUUGCUUACCUCCCAACUGAAUUAUCAAUGAGGCAAUGCAUUUCCCUCUCGAAGACUGUAUAGCAUGAAGAGAGAUCUCUCUCUCCCCCCUAUGUCAUUCCUUCAGUAGCUCCAUGUAUUGCUCUCAACUAUGAUCUAAAACCUACCCAAUUAUUUGCGAUAUUUGCUUUCUGGAGGGACAGACCCAUCCAAUACUAAGAUAGCAUUCUUCCCAAUGCAGAUAGGAAGACACAGGGUGCUGCUCUCUUCUCCUGGGUAGGUGUUAGUCUUCUUGCCAAGGAUUGCCAAUUGGCAAAUCUUUGGAUAAGGUGUAGAAUCUUUCUUUUCCUUGCUGCUUCUUUCUUCCCAUGGUUCCACCUUGAAAUGCCUCUUCAACAACACUUUUCGUAGGUUCGACAACCUGCAGAAAUUUGUGAUUAAAAGAUGAAGAUUAAAAUACAGUUUUCAAUCUUCUAGUCUAUAUGUUGAAGACCUACAGAUAUUUUUAUGAUACUGUUUAUUGUUUAUAUAAAAUACUUUGUAUAACAUAAAUAAUUAUAAUUUAAGUGAGGAAAACAGCAUAAGAAGGAAAGAAAUUGUAUCCUUUAUUUUAAACCUUUUUAGAAUACAAUAGAAUAGAAUUCUUUAUUGGCCAAGUGUGAUAGGAAUUAGUCUUUGGUGCAUAUGCUUUCAGUGUACAUAAGAGGAAAAAAAAUACAUUCAUCAUGAAUCAUAAGGUACAACACUUAGUGAUAAACAUAGUUUACUAAUAAGCAAUCAAAUCAUACUAGGAAACAAAUAAAACAAUAUAAAUCGUAGAGAUUUACAGGCAACAAGGUUAUAGUCAUAAGUGGAAGGAGAUAGGUAAUAGGAAGGAUGAGAAUAAUAAUAGUAACAGUCUUAGUAAAUAAUGUGACAGUGUUAUGCGAAUUAGUUGUUUAGCAGAGUGAUGGCAUUUGGGAAAAACUCCCUGUGUCUAGUUGUUCUGGUAUGCAGUGCCCUAUUGCAUUGUUUUGAGGGUAGAAGUUGAAACAAUUUAUGUUCAACUUCUACCCUCAAAUUUAUAAAUUUGAACAUAAAAUAUAUGUUCCAUUUAUGUUUUGAGGGUAGAAAUUGAAAAAAAAUAUUUUUCCCUGUGUGAGUCUGCUCAGACCUGGGAAAACCUCUGAACAUUCAAUUCCUUCUGCACGUUGAACCAGAGAAUAUAAAGGUAUAUACAGUGGUGGGAUUCAGCCAGUUCGCACCACUUCGGGAGAACCGCUUGUUAAUUUUCUGAGCAGUUUGGUGAACUGGUUAUUGGAAGAAAUAAUUAGGGGAGAGAACUGGUUGUUAAAUUAUUUGAAUCCCACCACUGGGUAUAUAUAUAUAUAUAUAUAUAUUCUUCCUUUGCUAUUACAAAGCUGUAUUGGGAGUUCCACAGAUUCCUGCUGAAAUAUUUCUGUUAAUUCUGUUAAUAUAUAUAUAUAUUCUUCCUUUGCUAUUACAAAGCUGUAUUGGGAGUUCCACAGAUUCCUGCUGAAAUAUUUCUGUUAAUUGAAAGCAGUAUUUUGGGAGAGAUAAAGGUGAGCAUUGUUAAAUAAAUGCUGAAAUUACUGAGAAGAUUUGCUUACAUGUUUCCCUCUUUCUUUCGAAAACAAGUGUUGGAAGUGUUCAGUUGCUGGGAUAGCUGUCAUAAUGGAAGGCAUGAGGUCACAAUUAGAUGUUUGAGGAACAUCCUUUGAAAGUAGUCAACUUUCUUUUCAGUUGCAAUAUUUUUCAAAAAACUACUUAUUUGAAUUUGGCAUUCUGUUUCUUUUAUGAAACUCCUUUUUGAUAGGCAGCCUUUAAAAAAAUAUAUAUUACAGUAUUUGAUUUCCUUUUUUUUUUUUUUGGUCUCUAUGACGAUAAAUAAAGCCAUGACAGUGAUGAUGACAAUAGCAUCAGCUUCCAUGGCUUUUCUUCCCAACCACUUCCUAGCUCAAAUAAAAUUGGUUGAUGCAUUUUUCUGUUUUGGCCACAGAUUUGUUGAUACAGGAUUGAGAAAAUUAACAUCUACAUCGAAGUCUUCUGGCAAGAUAUUUUUCAUCCUGUUCUAAAAUCUGCAGCAGUUUUAUUUUACAGAAACUGUAUUUCCUCCCCUCCCCAGGAGCUUGCAAUUUCAUCCUUAAGAAAUGUUUGUAUUUUGACAGCCCACAAAUAGAGGAGGUGAACAUAAACAGUUGUAGUCCCUUCUGGAUUUUUGUGCCAAUAUUUGAUAUUUUAAAUGAAUUCAAAGAGAAAAAGCACAGAAGAUAAGGUUUUACUCAUAAAUGUAGUUACACCUUCUAUUUCACAAACUAUCAGCUGACUUAAAUUGCUCUUAAUCUUUAAAAUGUAUUAUUUAUCUAUAGUACUUUGGAUGCUAGAGAAAUAGAAUGGGAUACUUUUAAAAGAUGUAUAACUCUCUGAUACCUAAUAUUUUCCCACUUUUGUCUCUGACUCAGCUCAUGUUUUAUUGCGGAUGCAUUAAUUUUAAGCUCUGGCUCCGCCCAUGGGUGGUUUGUACUGCUGAAUGACUUUUGCUAUGUGUCAAAAGUUCUCAAAAUUUUCCUAUCGCUUUCAUAAGAUGACAUUUGUUGAAGAAUAAUAGCAUAUUUGGGAUUGAUUUAAUUGUUUGGGACAGAAUUUCAAGCCCAAAAGAAACCUUACCUAUUCAAAGAUAACAGAUAUUCAGAAAUAGAUGAGAAGAUUGAUAAGAUGAAUGGCAUGGGCUUCUUAGAACACUAACUUUGUUGUACAAUAUCUCAUUUUCUCUCUGGUUCUUCACUGUUAAUUGUCUGGAACCUGUUCCCAACUCUCUCUUGGUAUUCCAACAUACAUCGGCAUCUCAGGACCCCUCCACAAUUGGAUAACAUCUUUUCUAUCAAACAGACAACAAGUGGUCAAAAUUGGCAAUGCUCUAUCAAAUCCUGUUCCUGUUAAAAGUGGCGUUCCCAAGGCAGCGUUCUUGGACCAACACUCUUCAUAUUAUACAUUAAUGAUCUCUUGUGACCAUAUUACAAGUAACUGUGUUCUCUUUGCUGACGAUGUCAAGCUAUUUAACACCACCAGCAAUACAGCUAUCCUCCAAAAAGACCUAGACUUUUUAUCUGAAUGGUCUACAAUUUGGCAACUCCAAAUCUCAACCAGCAAAUGCUCAGUCUUACAUAUUGGAAAAACAGCUCGACUGUUUGGAACCCAUACCACAUUUCUGACAUCAAUACAAUUGAACGUGUCCAGAAAUAUUUUACAAGAAGAGUUCUCCACUCCUCUGAAUACAACAAAAUACCUUAUCCCACCAGACUUGAAAUCCUGGGUUUAGAAAAUUUAGAACUACGCCGCCUUCGAAAUGACCUGAGUUUAACUCAUAGAAUCAUCUAUUACAAUGUCCUUCCUGUCGAAGACUACUUCAGCUUCAAUUGCAACAAUACACGAGCACACAAUAGAUUUAAGCUUAAUGUUAACUGCUCCAAUCUUGAUUGCAGAAAAUAUGACUUCAGUAACUGAGUUGUUAAUGCUUGGAAUACACUACCUGACUCUGUGGUCUCUUCCCGAAAUCCCCAAAGCUUCAACCAAAAACUGUCUACUAUUGACCUCACCCCAUUCCUAAGAAGUCCGUAAGGGGCGUGCAUAAGAGCACAAAUGGGCCUACCGUUCCUGUCCUAUUGUUUCGUUAUAUCCAAUUAAUAUAGUUAUUACAUACUCAUACUCAUAUAUAUGCUUAUAUAUUGUAUAAUUAUUUCAUGCUUAUGCUUAUAUAUAAUGUGUGACAAAAUAUAUAAAUAAAUAAAUAAAAUAAAAUC